UUGAAACGAUUAUAAUUAGAUGGCGCUUGAAGCCGUUCCGAAAUAAUAUUGGUAAUAAUAAUAAUAAAGUAAACGUGUAAUUAAGUGAUCGGAUCAUUUUCAAAUUUGUCCGCUGUCAUGGCGAGUACUAAUGAACGUAAAAAAGAGGCAGAUUGUGAAAGUAAACACGUCGACGGUAAGAGUAUGAAGAGGGGCAAACCACAACAGCAAAUCUACAGACCAGGAAGCGGGCCAUUGAGAAAAUCAACUCAAGGUAUUGGUGAAUCAGAGUCAGAUACAAAAUUAAUUGUCAAUUCAAACGAAUCGAAGUCAAAAACAUCUGGAAUGGAACGUAUGGAUAAAUCGAAAAGUGCCGAUUCAACACCAAGAGAUACUCAACCUUUAGAACCACCUCCGUUAGAAAAAUUUGGCGACAUAUCUAUUUCUGAGACUAGAAAAAAAGUUAAAAAACCCGAACAAUCGUUUUACGUUCCCCGACCGGUUGCGCAAGCUAGGGAAUCUUCUAUAAUCGAAGAGCCACAACAAGAACCACCCAAAAGAGGAUUAUUUCAACGUGAAGAAACAAACGGAGUGGAAAGUUUUAAUUUUGAACGUCCGUACAGUCAAAAUAAAUCAAAAAGGUACUCAAAUAAACGUCGAAAUGAAAUUACUGAUAACCAGGAGUGGAGAACAUCUAAUCCUUCUGGGGUGGCAAGAAAUCUUAGACAGGGUUCUGAACCUCGUGCAAUAGCAAAUCAAAAUAGCGGUUUCAGCAAUAGAUGUAGAGAAACCAGGAGUGUAGAACCUGUUAUUUUAGCUAAUCAAAGAAAUUAUAAUGAUAAUAAAAUGAGUUCUAAACCACCUAGUGGACGUCGGCACAGUACUAUAGGAUUAGAACCUGAUAAAAGGCUCAAAAACUUGGAUAACUUACCACCUAGACUUAAAAAGAAGUUGUUAGAAGAUACUAAUUUAGCCGCAAGUUAUGGUAGAAACGAAGAAAACUGGGAUGGAAGCAGUAUAACCUUCCAGGGAACUCAAACUUACGUUUCAAAGCCGCCCUACACGAAUCUCUCGAAUUUUCCAAACACCCCCCAAAGCAAUGUUCACCAUCAUGUUCAAUCGCAAAAUCAACAUCACACCAAUCAAAUGUAUUUUACCCUCCCAGCCAAUAGAUCUCGUGGACGGGGUCGUCUUCAACAAGAUUAUGAUAAUCAAGGGAGAAUGUUUCGUUCGGCUACGCCAGAAAAAAUGUUCGCUAGCCCCUCGAAUUCUCGUCCACCUACACCGAAUACGUAUGGAGGAAAAGUACGAAGUAAUGAAAAUUUGAAUCGAUACGACUGUAAUUAUCAACAGCAAAGAAAUGAUAAUAGAUCCGUGGAUGAAAGGAAAGGGUUUGGAGAUGGUCGGGGAGCGGAAAGAAAUGGGAAUUAUGGUGGUGGUAGGAUAGAAAUUGGAAGAGAAAAACAGGGAGAUCGAGUUGAUAGCGAAAACGGUGCCUUGCAAAAUGUUCCAGAGAGACCAAAUCAGAGUGAAACCCCCAAGAAAAAUUUUAAUGAAAGUUUGGAAGCACAAUUGUCGCCUGUUUCACCUCCUACUCCUAUUGAGAAAGAAACAAAUGUUGUUCCUGUUAGCAAUAAAAUAUAUGAUUGGAGUGAAGAAGUUGAAUUAAAUGAUCAACUAGAAGCAGAAGCCUUAAGUGAUGCUCUCACAAGAUCAUCUUCAGUAACCAGUUUAAUGGAAACCAGUACAAAAUCUUUACCCAAUGUUAUACCAAACCAGAAUCAGAGAUCAAGAAGGAAAAAAAAUAAGCGUAAAAACAGGAGAAGAAGUAACAGUAGAAACAAAGAUCGCGAUCGAAGUACAGAAUCCCAUCCAAGUAGGCAUCAAGGAAGAAAUCAAAAUUGGGAUGAUAGAUCCUCAAGAUUAUAUGAUCAUCACCGCACAAGACAAAGUUCUGUAACCAGUACAGAUUCAAAAGAUAAUUUUCGAGUUCCUGAGCCUAGAAGACGAUCGUCUCGUGAUGUACGUGAUAGAAGUUAUGAUAAAAAGACGCAAUCGCGGGACGUCAGCAGAGAUUCAAGUUUCGACCGCGCCCGUAGAAGUUCUUGUAAAGAACAAGAAAAUUGGAGAGAUGAAAUACGUAAGCGGCAACACUCCGAAUUGGAAUUGAGUAAGGAACUUGAAAACAAAGAUAGUCGAAAAGGUGGGUUGAUCAUUUUACCACCUAAGAUGCAGGAACAAACUAAAAUACCUGAAAGGCCAAAAUGUCCGGAUAUAAAUCGAAAAGUUCCAGGAUGUGGACAAAAAACUUUGUUUGAUCCGCAUAAUCCGAAUAAACCGAUUGUUGUAAAAUCGCCAAAUUCGAGAGUAAGCGUCCCUGGGUUUUCAGAUAAUACGGAAACACCACCUCCUCAAUUAUAUACAACUGAUCAGUUUGGAAAUGUUAGGCCGGGUUGGUACGAAGAAAAUUCGGAUAAAUGGAAAUUGUGUCGUUAUCCGGAUUUGUUAAGAGAAAUUAUAACUGCCGAUAAUGAAUUACAAUACAAUAUUUCUUCUGGUUUACUCUUAAUUAAUUGGGGAACAGUUUCGAGCUAUCGAAACUUUUUGAUGCAAAGUUUAGAAUAUUUACUUUGUAAAGAUAUCAAGUUUUGUCAAUCAGAAUAUGUUGAAUAUCAUUUUUGGAAGAUUUUAUUCUACAACAUCAUCGAGAUGAUGAGAAAGGAAAUUGCGAAUAAUUCGACGAAUCGUGAACAGUACAAAGAAUUUGUACUGUCCAUUAUUGAUGAAGGUACAAAAUAUUUCGAAUUGUUGUUAGAUCGUUUAGAGGAGGUUUAUAAUUUUAAAAUCAAUAGCUUUUUAAGCUAUAAUACCACACCACAAAAAGGAAAAUAUGUUGGUUUGGCUUUAAUUGCUGCACAAAAAAUAUUUUUAUAUCUUGGGGAUUUAUUGAGAUAUCGCGAACAAGUUAAUGAAACUGCGAAUUAUGGAAAAUCACGACAGUGGUAUAUUAAAGCUCACGAGAUUAACCCUAAAAAUGGAAAACCUUACAAUCAAUUAGCAUUAUUGGCUGUUUAUGCGAGGAGAAAACUUGAUGCUGUCUACUACUACAUGAGAAGUCUUAUGUCCUCGAAUCCAGUACCAUCAGCUAAAGAAAACCUGCAAUCGUUGUUUGACGAGAAUAGAAAAAAGUACCUUCAUCAAAUAUGUUACGAACAAGGGGAGCGUAAACGCAGAGAAGAAAGACUCGAAAGAGCUCGGAAACACAUGAAAGAAAAAGAAUCCGAAUCAUCAAAUCAUCCGAAUAGCCUUAGACGCGAAAUUUGGAUCAGACCGGAUAGCGGCCGUCGCGUACAUAGGACUACGUCUGCUGUACAAGAAACGCAACAGAUGGAUUCUGAUGAAGAAGAUUUGGCAGCGUUGAGCAGUGUUGAAGUGAAUAAGAGAUUCGUCACCAGUUAUCUACACGUUCAUGGAAAACUAAUUACUAAAAUUGGAAUGGAAACCUUUCAAGAGACAGCUAUUCAAAUGUUAAAAGAAUUUCGGGCGUUACUUCAACACUCCCCCGUUCCAUUACCAUGCAAAAGGUUCCUUCAAUUGUUGGCGUUGAACAUGUUUGCGAUCGAAAGCACACAAUUGAAAGAUCCUCAAUUACAGUCACAAACUGGUUACAGAUCAGAGUUACAAGAACGUGCUUUAGUAGUAUCACUACAAAUGUUCAAUUUGAUUUUGGAACGUUGCGUAUCAAUUCUACAGGAUCAUCUAAAAUCGAAAAAACCUCAAACGGCGUUCCCACAAGAUCUACAAAUCUUUUUACCAGCAGUGAAAAUCUGGAGCGACUGGAUGUUGUGUCACAGCGGGGUGUGGAACCCACCUCCAUCGACUCAAGACUACAAAGUCGGGCCCCCCGGCGACGCGUGGAGCCGCAUCGCGGCGCUCAUGAACUUGCUUGAGAAGCUGGGCGAACAGAAGAAGCAGGAUUCGCCGACCAACGAUAGCUUCGUGAACGAACAGAAGGAAGGAUACGAACAGGUUCGAUUACCUGAGGACGCCGUACUUUGCGGCUUCACACCUCUGAUGCACAACGUUCAAGACCUUACAUACGCACCAAAGGACUUGGAUGUGGAACAGGCUCAGUUUGCGUUGCGGUUAUCCAAGCUCUUAUUUUUUGGUACCGUCUUCUUGUGCGGCCUUGAACCACCAGUGCUAAAGUUUGAACUGGAAAGCGAUUACAGCGGGUACGUCUCGGUGGUCAGGAUGUCAUCUAGCAGGAGCUCGCCACCCUCACCACCAGAACUGGACAACGACGACGACUUGUUGGUGGAAAGUUUUAGUGAGGAUGAAGACGGAACUGUAGAACCAACAGAAGGAAAAUUAGAAGGCACAUCGUCCGAGAUAAGAGAUCUGUUGAACCGGAAAGUCGCCCUGGAGAAGCGUCACAGACAUCAGGAAAUUCAUCGCCAACGAGUUCAGAAAAUUUUGCAACAAUCUAUAGUAACCGUCAACAUAGAAGUUCGUCCAAAGUACUUGAUCCCAGAUACGAAUUGUUUCAUAGACUAUCUUGAGAUGAUCAAAAGUGUUGCAACGGCUCACGUUUACACGCUAAUGGUACCCCUUGUAGUUUUAAACGAACUGGAAGGUUUGGCAAAAGGAGGAAAACACCCAGUACCAACAACAAGAAACGCGUCCGACCCAGAACACGUAAUCAUGGUAGCCGAGUCAGCAAAGCAUGCGUUGGAUUACCUCAGUGUCAAGAACUCCAACAUUAAGUACAUCACGACCAAGGGGACGAUCUUGGCCUCGUCAACGUUCACUGUCGAAGACGACUCCGUGUCCGAUAUGGCGCUAAAGAACGACGAUAAGAUCUUGUCGUCCUGUUUAGCGUUGUGUAAAGUUAACAAAGAUCAGCAUAAUGAAGGAGAACCUAGAAAAUUGUAUAGGGAGGUGGUAUUAUUAACUGAAGAUAGAAACUUGCGCGUGAAAGCGUUGGCAAAAGACGUGCCUGUAAGGGAACUGCCUGACUUUAUAGUUUGGGCAGGAUUAGGAUGAACUGGAUGAGUGCUGUUGCCAUCUACCGAUACGAAGAGGUCCUCUUACGCUCGAAUCGCAAUCAUCUUAAAACUG